AUGAAUAUUUUAAGGCGAAUUCUCCCCGUUUCACUACAUUUAUCGAAAUGUGUAUCAACAGUCAGCACACAGCAAACAAUUGCUCUUCUCCAAAGGAAAAUGUCGCCUUCGGUAAGAGCGAUUUCCACGACGGUUCCGCGGGCUGAAUUGAUGGAAUUUUUCGACGACAAAAAGCACUGGGGGGAACAGGAAGUAAAACAUGGCCGUGGAUGGACGAAGGAUGAUCUGCGGAUCAAGUCGAACAGCGAUCUGCACCAGCUGUGGUUUGUACUGCUGAAGGAACGCAACAUGCUAUUAACGAUGGAACAUGAAUGCAAGGAAAAAAUGGAACUAUUUCCCAGUCCGGAACGGUUAGAUAAGGUCAAAGAAUCGAUGGAUAAUCUGGAAGAGGUGGUUCGAGAGCGAAAUCGUGCAUACCACGAACUAGAAACCGGACAGACGGGUGAACGGCCGGGAAUGGUCGUCCCAAACGAGCUCGGCAUAAAUUUCUACUAUCGUGCAUUUGAGCAUGUGAUUCCCAAGAACGCUAACUCCAAGUGGAACAAACGCCACAAGUUUACCUAUGGUGGACAUGCAGUGAGGAAAUUUUUGCUCCUGUAUCGCGAACGGUUGUACAACGAAAAGCGAAAACUACGCAACCGGGAACGCAACGAGGUGGUCCAUCUUUUGCGCCGAUUCCCCAACAUCGAUCGGGAAACGCUGGCCCAACGGUUUCCUUCGGUGAACGUGGAGAAGCUGUACAAGUUGGAUAAAAUUCGCUAG